UAGCCUGGCUCCCAUUCUACGAGCGUGUGUGUGUGAGCCUCCGCUCUUUGUCCCAAGCCCACGAUUUCAGAGCUAGCUGGACCCAAGGAGGUGAAGUGUCACUUUUUGGCCCCAGGAGGGGCAAAGAAGAGAGACCAAAUCAGCCUUUCUGCUCCCCACUCAGCUCAACAAGACUUCCGAGAAUCUUUUGUCCUCUCUCCUGCAAGAAGUAUUUUUGGGAACAAGAAACAAAACUUUUCCCAAAUGAAGAGAACUCAUCUGUUUGUUGUGGGGGUCUAUUUGCUGACCUCUUGCAGGGCAGAAGAGGGGCUUAACUUCCCCACGUAUGAUGGGAAGGACCGAGUCGUAAGUCUUUCUGAGAAGAACUUCAAGCAGGUUUUGAAGAAAUACGACGUGCUCUGCCUCUACUACCAUGAGCCGGUGUCUUCAGAUAAAGUCGCCCAAAAACAGUUCCAGCUGAAAGAAAUUGUGCUCGAGCUUGUGGCCCAGAUCCUGGAACAUAAAGACAUAGGCUUUGUGAUGGUGGAUUCCAAGAAAGAAGCCAGGCUUGCCAAGAAACUGGGUUUUAAUGAAGAAGGAAGCCUAUACAUUCUUAAGGGUGAUCGCACAAUUGAGUUUGAUGGCGAGUUUGCAGCUGAUGUUUUAGUGGAGUUUCUUUUAGAUCUAAUUGAAGACCCAGUGGAGAUCCUUAACACCAAACUGGAAGUCCAAGCCUUUGAACGCAUUGAGGACCAGAUCAAACUCAUCGGCUUUUUCAAGAGUGAGGACUCAGAAUAUUACAAGGCUUUUGAAGAAGCAUCUGAACACUUCCAGCCUUACAUCAAAUUUUUUGCCACCUUUGACAAAGGGGUUGCAAAGAAAUUGUCCUUGAAGAUGAAUGAGGUUGACUUCUAUGAGCCAUUUAUGGAUGAGCCCAUUGCCAUCCCUGACAAACCUUACACAGAAGAGGAGAUCGUGGAGUUUGUGAAGGAACACCAAAGACCCACUCUACGUCGCCUACGCCCAGAAGAUAUGUUUGAAACAUGGGAAGAUGACAUAAAUGGGAUCCACAUUGUGGCGUUUGCAGAGAAGAGCGACCCAGAUGGCUACGAGUUCCUGGAGAUCCUGAAACAGGUUGCCCGGGACAAUACUGACAACCCUGACCUGAGCAUCCUCUGGAUCGACCCGGAUGACUUUCCUCUGCUUGUUGCCUACUGGGAGAAGACCUUCAAGAUUGACCUAUUCAGGCCACAGAUUGGGGUGGUGAAUGUGACAGAUGCUGACAGUGUCUGGAUGGAUAUUCCAGAUGACGAUGACCUGCCCACAGCUGAGGAGCUGGAAGACUGGAUUGAGGAUGUUCUUUCUGGAAAGAUAAACACUGAAGACGAUGACAAUGAAGAUGAAGAUGAUGAUGAUGAUGACAAUGAUGAUGAUGACAAUGAUAAUUCUGAUGAAGACGAUAAUGAUGACAGUGAUGAUGAGGAUGAAUAGCCCCAACUCCAGAUGAUUCUGGUGAAAACAAAAUCACAGCUACCCACUACCAUACAGAUAAUCGCACAAGGCAGUGGCAAGCAGCCCUGCCCCACGCCCAGCCAGCUCCAGCUCCUUUCCCUUUGCCAUCAGCUCUUUUCCCUCUCCCUUCUCAUCAGAAGCUGUACCAUUCAGCACAUGCCUUUCCACAUCCAGCAGUCCCCGCAGCAGGGACAGGAGGGGAAUUAUUCCCAUGUUGACUGUCACGGAACAGCUCUUGCUCUUUGCCAUACCAUCAGGGGUCGUGGCAGUGCUGGAAUCUAGCAGCCUGGGGAGAACAAUCCCCUAACACAAGUUUACUUGUUGCCUUUGGCUAUGACAGUAACAGAAUUGGCAGCUUGCUAACUCACAAGCAUGGAGUGAGCUUAUAACCAGGGCCCAGGGAAGACGCACAAGUAAUCAGUUUAGCCCCCCUACACCUAGAACGUCAGUGGGGAUCCCUCCUCAAGCCAAGAGGAUCCCUCUGAGGGAAGGCUCAGCCUUGGAAACAAAUUUAUAAAUCAGCUGCUCUAGGCUCUAUUAAAAUUAUUAUUUCAAAUGUGGGUCAGACCAUUAAGAACUCAGAGCCAAGCCUUGGAUGGCUAUUGAAAGGCCUUGACACAUGUGUACAGGUGUCACCGUCAUUUCUAGUAUAUUGGGGUACUGGAAUGGGAGGUUAAUUUGCUCUCUGAACUUUUCUCUAGGUGGCAAGUCUCACAUAAUUCAUCAGCAGUAGUGGGGGGGGGAGGUUGGGAGGUGAGAAACUGGAAGAAUUAAAGGUUUUAAAUUUUUCUGAUGGGUUCAUGUCUCUGAUGAGGUCAGCUGGCUGCCUGGCCCGGGCUGGGAUCUGAAUACCCCUUCUCUGUUGCUGCUAGUGACACUUCCCACUUAGAGUAAAGGUUGCUUUAUCCAGCGGUCAAUUAACUCUCCAUUCAUCAGCACUCCCACAGCUGACCAGGGCAACGAUAAUUGGAGCUCAUAACGAUGCCCCGAAGCACUGGAAAAAAAAUCCCAAAGUGCCUUCUGAGCUGUCUAAAGUUAUGUUGUGCUUGGUAGUUUUAGCGUUAAGUGUGCAGUAUAAAGUUCUAAUUUAUUUUCUCAAUCUUUUAACACAUGUGUAAGACACUGGGAAAAUCUUUUGUGGAAUAGUAGCUAACUAACUCUGUCAUUAAACUCGUAUUUUGAAAAUA